UCAUGCCUCGCUCAGUACUCGUCACCUCCGACGGACCCCUCGUCCCCCAACCAUCCAGAUCUCCUUCAUCCAUACGGAACUCACCACCAAUUUGGAUUGCCAUUGCCAUUGCCAUUACCAUUGCGAUCGAGAUUAUCAUCUUCAUAAUCAUCAUUAUUAUCAUCAUAAUAAUCGAUAUAUUAUUAACAACAACAGUAAACCAAAUUCCAUCCUGAUUGGAGAGGCUAUGGACUUGUCGGUCGUGGUGGCUGAUUAUAUGUCCCAUAUUGCGAUCCCGAUCGCCGUAGUGAAGGACGUGGUUUUGAUGUGAAGAAUUUUCGACGCUCGGAAAAAAUGGCAGGUGGGAGCAGCAGCAGUAUGGGGGGGAAUAAUAGCAGGAGGAAUCCGCCGGGAAUCGCGUUGAUUAAGAGAGCUAGGGGAAAGGAUUGGAGCAUUACCGUGUACCGUUACCACGUUUUGCUGAUUACCUUCCUCGCGUACGCCGCGUAUCACGCUUCGAGGAAACCUAGCAGCAUAGUGAAAAGUGUUUUGGAUCCGUACCCCCACAGAAAUUCAACCCGAGCUCGUCCCUGGCCUGUCGGCGAUGUAUUCAUUCACAAGGACAGCGAUGGCGGUGUGGAUAUGGAGACGGUUGAUUUGAAUGAUUACAGAGGUUGGGAACCGUUCAACGGGAAGGAUGGAACUUCGAAAUUGGGGGAAAUUGAUGUGGCGUUUCUAGCUGUUUAUUCCAUGGGAAUGUAUGUGUCUGGACAUUUGGGGGAUAGAUUGGACCUUCGUAUAUUCCUGACUACAGGCAUGGUUGGGAGUGGUAUUUUCGUAGCGCUAUUUGGGAUGGGUUACUUUUGGAAUAUCCAUGUCUUCUGGUUCUAUCUGGCUAUGCAAAUGGUUGCAGGUUUGUUCCAGGCGACUGGUUGGCCUUCGGUUGUGGCCGUCAUAGGCAAUUGGUUUGGGAAGAGGAAGAGGGGAUUGAUAAUGGGGAUUUGGAAUGCCCAUACUUCGAUUGGGAAUAUCACUGGAUCAUUACUUGCUGCAAGUGUUCUGCAAUAUGGAUGGGGAUGGUCUUUCAUCCUUCCAGGCGCAUUCAUCUUUUUUAUUGGUUUAUUAGUCUUUCUGUUCUUGCCAGCUUAUCCAGAGGAUGUUGGAAUUCAGACUUCACAGACGAAGUCUGAAGAUGAAGAAUCCCAGUUAUUGCAAGAGCCUUUGGUUGGGAAUGAGCAGAGUAGCAGCAAGCCUUUGCCAACUCCCAGAAGCAGGAGAAGUGUUGGCCUUCUUGAAGCUUUCUUGAUACCCGGAGUUAUUCCUUUUGCACUUUGUCUCUUCUUUGCGAAGCUCGUUGCGUACACGUUUCUCUACUGGCUGCCGUUCUACCUCAGUCAAACUGCUAUUGGAGGACGUUACAUGUCAGUAAAAUCUGCUGGAAAUCUUUCUACUCUAUUCGAUGUUGGAGGAAUAAUUGGAGGAAUUCUUGCUGGCUAUACGUCUGACAAACUUAGAGCUCGGGCUACUACCGCUGCCUCAUUCAUGUACGCAUCAAUCCCUUCACUGCUUCUUUACCGGAGAUACGGAGGCAUUUCAGAAGCCACCAACAUUGUGCUUAUGAUGUUCGCUGGAUUGUUUAUAAAUGGACCUUAUGCACUUAUAACAACUGCAGUCUCAGCUGAUCUUGGCACUCACAGUUCUUUAAAAAGUGAUUCUCGAGCAUUGGCAACAGUUACAGCCAUCAUAGAUGGCACCGGAUCUAUUGGUGCUGCUUUAGGUCCUCUUUUGACUGGAUUUCUUUCAUCAAAGGGUUGGGAUGCAGUUUUUUCUAUGCUAAUCUGUGGUGCUUUUGCUGCUGGUCUACUUUUGACUCACUUGGUUAUGGCUGAAAUAAGAGAGAAUUUCUCCAGACGACAGAUUGUUCAGUGAACACAAACAAUCCUGCAGUAAUUGACAAGCACACCAGGAGAUUUACAUGCAGAAGGCUGGAAGCCAUUCUCUCCCUGCAGGCUGUUGAUUUAAGUUUCAGAAUUUGCCUGGUCAAGAUUCGACAUGGAUCCAGAAAUCAAGAAAACAAAACGAAACGAAAAACAGGGUUUUCUUCGAGACAAGAUAGUUGUAUUUAUUUCCCUAAAUUUCCGAGGCAGUUGAAAAACACCAGCAAGUGCUUAAGACAAAAGAAGGUGUGAUUAGAGGAUUUUAUUCCAUUGUUUCUUUCUUCUCUUUGGUCAUGUAAACAUUUCUCUUAGUUUGUAACCACAUUAGGAUUAUAUAUUUAGUUGGGAUUAGUAAUAACGUGAAUAUAAUUUUGAAUUUUUUUUUUUGAAUGAAAAUAAAUUUUAGAUGUUGAAUUUUUACAGCAUCUGAAAAUAUUUUGCUGUAAAUUUUAUCAUCAUGGACAUCAUCUGAUUCUGCUGAGGCCAUUGCCAGCCUUUCUUGUUUGUUGUGUUGUAUACCUUUUGGCACUAAAUUCAAUUCCUGAUGUAGAUGUGAACAAUGUGUGGUCACUCCUGUCUUACUUUUCCCUCUUUUAUAGUAAAACUUUGAGCACCCAUACUUGAUCCCUGUCAGCAUUAGACACACAACAGAGAGACAUACACUGUACGUAUGUUAUGAAACAUAAUCCUCUCAACCCUAAUCUCUAUCCACACAUCCACCUCUUUCUUACACCUCUCCACAUUAUAAUUGUCUCUGUUAAAAAUCUCUCACACAGACAGCAUAGCUUAGCCUACAUUUGUGACAUUUUCAUUCCCAUCCCUCCAUGGCUCUCUCUGCUGCCAUCUUCUUCAUCAUCCCUACAUUGCUUGCCCUUGCUGUUUUCUCAUCUGCUCAAUCUCCGACUACAUCCCCGACAGUGUCGCCAACUGCAAUGCCAAUUCCGCCACCCAUGACACCGCCGCCGGCAUCCGAGCCAAGCUUGCCGCCAACAAUGUCACAGCCGGCUCCACCAAUGGGACCAGAAAUGUCGCCAAUGAUGCCGGCAUCUCCACCGGCACCCAUGGCUCCAUCCAUGCAACCAAUGGCUCCGGCUCCGGGACCUUCUAUGGUAACUGAGCCGCCACCCUCGGCUGCAUAUUGGCAGGGAGCCAGCAAGACCAUAUUCUUGGCUUUGUUUGGGGCAGCUGCAGUUCUUGCCUAAAUCUAAUGUCUAGCUCUCAUUUGCAUUCUCCAGUACAACUUGAAUAAAAACUAGAGUAUUCUUUAUUGUUUGUGUUCUCCCACCCCCUCACCCCCACCCCCUAGUUUGAUGUUCAUCUAUUAUUUGUAAUAUUUCUUUCCAAACCAGCAAGUAUCCUUGAUGGUUUCCAUGUAAGUACCACAUUUAUGCUUCCAUUCAA